AUGCGGCCCGGGGGAGUAAUACAAGCCAGGAGUCCGGUCUCAGAAAGCCUUCUUUCUGAUGCCGCCUGGUUUGCCAGGGCUGACACAGACUUCCAGCUGCUUGUCCUUACUCAACCUGAGCCUCAGGAGUCCGCACAUUAUCCCCACAAAUACUCACUUGUUCAGCUUCAGAGAAUCCACACUGGAGAAAGGCCUUUUGAGUGUAGUGAAUGUGGGAAAUCUUUUAGGCAAAAAGCCACCCUCAUCAUACACCAGAGAGUUCACACUGGAGAAAGACCUUAUAAGUGUGAUGAGUGUGGGAAAUCCUUUAGUCAGUGCUGCAACCUUAUUGAGCACUGCAGAAUUCACAGUGGAGAAAGGCCUUUUGAGUGUGAGGAAUGUGGGAAAUCAUUUGGGUGCAAAUCCAACCUGGUUCGGCAUCAGAGAACCCACACUGGAGAAAGACCUUAUAAGUGCAAUGAAUGUGGGAAAUUCUUCAGACAAAGCUUCACCCUCAUUCAACACCGGAGAAUUCACACCACAGCAUGGCCAUAUGUGUGUGUUCAGUGUGGGAAAUCCUUUAACCAAAGAACCAGUCUUGUUACACACCAGAGAGUUCACACUAGUGAAAGGCUUUAUGAGUGCAGGGAAUGUGGGAAAACCUUUGGAUCCAAAUCCAAACUUGAUCGGCACAACAGAAGUCACACUGGAGAAAGGCCUUAUGAGUGUGCUGAGUGUGGGAAAUCUUUCAGACAAAGCUACAGCCUCAUUGAACACCAGCGGAUUCACAGUAGAACAAGGCCUUUUGAGUGUGGCCAGUGUGGGAAGUCAUUUGGCAGAAGAGCCAUCUUCACAAAACACCAGAGGAUUCAUACUGGAGAAAGGCCAUAUAAGUGUGGUGAAUGUGAGAAAUGCUUUAGUCGAAGCACUAGCCUCAUUCAGCACUACAGUAUUCACACUGGUGCAAGGCCUUACCAGUGUGGUCAGUAUGGGAAAUCCUUUAGGCAAAAGUCUGUUCUCCUUCAACACCAGGUAGUUCACAGUGGAGAAAGACCCUAUGAAUGCAGCAAAUGUGACAAAGCCUUUAGCCAACCCUCCAGCCUCAAUCUCCACCAAAAAUUUCACACCAUGGAGAGGCCUCAUGAACAUAGGAAGUAUGGGAAAUCCUUCACUCCGACAUCUAAUGUUCAGCACCAGGAAGUCCACACUGGAGAAAAGCCUUAGACCUGAAGGAAAUGUGCCGUCUCCUUGUUCACUCUAAUGAUAUGUGACAGCUUAUCAUUUAUGAGGGAGCCAUCUGCCUGAACUUCAAACUCCUACUUCACACAUACAGAAUUCCCAGCAUAUGUGAGGCUUACAGGACCAGGAGAGCACAUUCUAAAUUCUCUGGGCCCUUGCCAGUUACAUCGCUGCCACUUUCUCUGGUAGAACCUGUCUCAUCUCUACUGCUUUGCAGAGUGUUAUAUCAGUCAUGCCAUGUGCCAAAGGCAAGGGGGAUAUCUGUGCUCACUCCUUUUCCACAGAGGAAAUCUUGAGUGGUCUGUACUCUUACAUCAAAUUCCCUUUUCUGAUUAACUGAAACUGACCCACUUUGGGCCACAAGUGGGUUCUCCUGGUGGCUAGAAGGGAAUGUUACUAUCUACAUGGAUGUUGAUGGUCUCUCAUGACAUUUGUUGAUCUUUUCAGCCUCCAAGUCACCAACUGGUAACUGCCUACCUCCCAUUGCUCUGUUUUGUGCGAUAAUAAAGAGAGAGGAAGGAAGAGAUAAAGAGAAACUGACCUGAGAGAAACCUUCUGUACCCGCCCUGACUGGGGAUGAACCUGCAACCAUUUGGUGCAUGGGGUGAUGCUACAACCAACUGCGCAAUAUUGGCCAGGG